CAACACUGAAAAACAUUGCCGUUAGAUGUCACUGAAAACGCAUGUAAAUAAAUCUCAGCUGUGUUUUGACAUUUCGGUAACGUUAGCGGAAUUGGAACUCCAAAGAAAUAUUUGUGAUAUUCUUUAGUUAACACUUUGAAGAAGUGUGUUUUAAUAAUCUGCAUUUGAAAGAAUGUUAAAAAACACAGUAAAAUGUUUGCAGCGGUACUGUACAAAAUCAAAUGGCUCCUUUUAUGUAACAACACCUAUUUUCUAUGUGAAUGCCGCGCCACAUAUCGGACAUUUGUAUUCUGCUGUUAUUGCUGAUGCUAUAUGUCGUUACCAAAAUUUAUUGCGACCGAACAAUACAUGUGUACGCCUCUGCACUGGUACUGAUGAACAUGGCACCAAAGUACAGCAAGCUGCUUCCGCACAUAAAAUACCUGUGGAACAAUACUGCAAUGAUAUAUCAGCAAAAUACAAGAAUAUAUUCCAACAGGCGCACAUAGCACACAAUGAUUUCAUACGCACCACAGAAGACAGACAUAAAGCAGCAGUAGCACAAUUUUGGCGUUGCUUACAUACUAAUGGUCAUAUAUAUUCAGCAAAAUACAGCGGUUGGUAUUGUGUGUCUGAUGAAACUUUCCUAACUGACUCACAGCUGCGUUUGGAUGAAUCAACUGGUAUUCGCUACUCUUUAGAAUCCGGUCACCCUGUGGAGUGGUCAGAUGAAACAAAUUACAUGUUUCGUUUAUCAGCACUACAAUCUGAUGUAGUAUAUUGGGUAAAACAAGGUGGUCGAGUGCGUCCGAAAAAAUUUGAGAAAAUUUUAUUAAAUAUUUUGAAUGAACCACUGCCAGAUGUUUCAAUAUCACGUCCGUCCAAUCGUGUGCAUUGGGCUAUAUCCGUGCCUAGUGACGAAACGCAAACUGUUUAUGUGUGGCUAGAUGCAUUGAUUAACUAUUUAACUUCCACCGGCUUUCCUGAUGCUAAGUAUCGUAAUCAUUGGCCAGCAAAAGUGCAUGUGAUUGGAAAGGAUAUUUUAAAAUUUCAUGGCGUUUAUUGGCCUGCAUUUUUAAUUGCUGCAGGCUUUGAACCUCCUCAACAACUGUUUGUGCAUUCUCAUUGGACUGUCGAUGGUCAAAAAAUGUCAAAAAGCAAACAUAAUGUAGUUGACCCCGAAGAAGUGGCAAGAAUCUACACAAUGGAGGGUCUAAGAUAUUUUCUGCUACGGGAAGGUGUAGCGCAUAGCGAUGGCAGUAAGUUUAUCUUAGUUUUUUCAUAA